AUGCCCUUCUUUCCCUCUCUGCCGCACAUCGAGGACUGCGCAAAGCGAAUUAGGGUGUACAUUUCGGGGGUUUGCAUUGUAGAUACGAGGAAAGCGAAACUUGUUUGGCUUCAACCAAACUAUCCUAUUUAUUUCUUUGACGAGCAAUGCCUACCCAACUGGUACUUGGAAGUCUCAGAUGUCACCGAUGAGCUGGCGAUCUAUAACGUCGGCGUCUCUGUCAAAGGACGGAAAGCCCUCACUCGGUACUUUACCAAUGAGCUGUCCGGGCUGUUCACAAUCGCCUUUGACAAGAUGGACGCGUGGUUUGAGGAAGAUGAGCAAAUUUUCGUUCAUCCAAAGGAUCCCUAUAAGCGCGUGGACAUUCUCCAGUCAUCAAGACACGUCCGAAUUGAGGUCAACGGACUGGAGAUAGCCAACACUCGCGCGCCGCAUCUCCUUUUCGAGACUGGUCUUCCCGUCCGCAUGUACAUUCCUAAAACCGAUUGUGGAAUGGAUUUAUGGGAACCCUCUGACACAACAACUGCCUGUCCAUACAAGGGUGAAGCAAAAUAUUACGAUAUCGUCUUAUCAUCUGGAGAGACUAUCAAGGACGCAAUCUGGUGGUAUCCGACUACAACAUUGGAAUGUGCUUCGAUAAGGGGGUUUGUAGCUUUUUAUGACGAAAAGGUUGAUGUCUGGAUCGAUGGAGAAAAACAAGAGCGGCCAAGCAAGCGGCCUUGA